UGGUCACAUGACGGGGGUGCCGCUGGGCGGAGGGAGCCGGGGCUCGGGGUUUCCGUGCGGGGCGCGCGUGCGGAGCGGCGGCGGCAGCAGCAGCGGCGGCAGCGGCGGCAGCGGCAGAGCUGACCAUGGUGAGUGAACGCCGCAGCGAGGCGCGCGGGGCCAACGGCCGGAGCGGAGCCUGAAGCGGAGCUGUCAUGGCUGGGCCUCCGCUGCCCUUCCCCGGCCGCUUCUGGGCCCCCUGGCUGCCUGUGGGCUCGUCGCCCCUGCGGGCCCUCUUGACCGCCGCCGCCGCCUCCCCUAAGGUAGCCCCGGGGCCGGGAAGGACUCCCCUCCCGCCGCUCCAGGGCGGAGCUGGAGGGGACCGGCUGCGCUUGGGUCUGAGUCCGGGCUGGCUCCCAGUAGGCGCCUGCUGUAUGCUGCUUGGCUCGGGCAGGAGCCUCCAGAAGCCGGGGCUCGGGAUGCAACAAGGCUAGGCUCAGGGCGGGCAGUAGCAGAGGCCAGGGCCCCAGCAUGGGGGAGACCCAGCGCUGGUAGAAUGGGUGUGAGUCGUGCAGCCUGCCGGCCCUGGGUCAUUCUCCUAAGGUUUAGCCCUGCCGGGGACCGUGGCGGGCAGGAAGUCACAUCAGAGAGAACCGUCUGCAGCUUAGUAAGCACCUACUAUGUGCCGGGCCCCAACCCUGAGACGCCGGAGGGCAGGAAUGUCUGCGGGAUAGAUGUGUCGAGUUUUCUUGGAGGUUUUUUUGGUCCCAUCUGUGAGAUUGAUGUUGUCCUUAAUGAUGGGGAAUCAAGGAAGAUGGCAGAAAUGAAAACGGAAGAUGGCAAAGUAGAAAAACAUUAUCUCUUCUACGAUGGUGAAUCUGUUUCAGGAAAGGUAAACCUAGCCUUUAAGCAACCUGGAAAGAGGCUAGAACACCAAGGAAUUAGAAUUGAAUUUGUAGGCCAAAUUGAACUCUUCAAUGACAAGAGUAAUACUCAUGAAUUUGUAAACCUAGUGAAAGAAUUGGCCUUGCCUGGAGAAUUGACACAAAGCAGAAGUUAUGACUUUGAAUUUAUGCAGGUUGAAAAGCCAUAUGAAUCCUACAUUGGUGCCAAUGUCCGAUUGAGGUAUUUUCUUAAAGUGACAAUAGUAAGACGACUGUCAGACUUGGUAAAAGAGUAUGAUCUUAUUGUUCACCAGCUGGCCACCUACCCAGAUGUUAACAACUCCAUUAAGAUGGAAGUGGGCAUUGAAGACUGUCUACACAUAGAGUUUGAAUAUAAUAAAUCCAAGUAUCACUUAAAGGAUGUCAUUGUUGGAAAAAUUUAUUUCUUAUUAGUAAGAAUAAAAAUUCAGCAUAUGGAGUUACAACUGAUAAAGAAAGAGAUCACUGGAAUAGGGCCCAGUACCACGACAGAAACAGAGACCAUUGCCAAGUAUGAAAUAAUGGAUGGUGCACCAGUUAAAGGUGAAUCCAUUCCCAUAAGACUCUUUCUAGCGGGAUAUGACCCAACUCCAACAAUGAGAGACGUGAACAAGAAAUUCUCCGUACGAUAUUUUUUGAACCUGGUCCUCGUGGAUGAGGAAGAUAGACGGUACUUCAAGCAGCAGGAAAUCAUCUUAUGGAGAAAAGCUCCGGAGAAGUUGAGGAAGCCCAGGACGAACUUUCACCAGCGCUUUGAGCCUCCAGAGCCGCAGGCAUCAGCUGAGCAGCCUGAAAUGUGAAGGGAGGAAGGAGGGGGAGAGGGAAGGAGAGGCUCCUGGGCCCAGGGGUCACAGCCUGCACAGGGCCAGGCCUGAGGCCCCGGCCUUGCCUCUCUGACCACACUCACCUAUUUUGCCGCACUACUAACCAUUCUCAAAGGUGUACAUUCAGUUAAAAACAAAGUGCUUUCUCUGAAACACUGGAACUUUCUCAAGCUGCCGUCUUUUUUUUUUUUAAACUUCCUACUUUGAUUUGCUCAGAUGCACUCAGAUAUGCAUAUGCUUAAACAUUAAACAUUUCUACAUGUGUAGGCUGGUGUUUCAUAAUUUUGUUUUCUUUCUCUAGGAUGUAGAUUAUGAAGCUUCCUGCCCCAUCUCCACCUCAUUGAUUCCCUCCCAUCUCUGCGAAACAUUGAGAUUUGUAUGAGAGAGACGUGGCGGGGCUGUGAGGCUUCGGGAGCCUCUAUCCCCUAGGCACACCAUUCCCUGAGGAUUUCUAUUCAAAGUCUUGUGGGUGUUUGAGGGAUUCAGGCACUGACUUUGUCCUGAAUCUUCCAAUCCCAUGGGGACUUCCUUACAGCCUUUCAGCUUAAAGAGAUCUGUAAUAGGAUGGGGUGAUUGCCAUCUUAUUCCCAGAAUUUCCUUUUUGUCAUUAGUCUAACUGUUUUGCAUUGGCACUACAGUAGAUUUUCUGCAGUGCUUUGUUUGUAUUUAAAAAUUUUUUCAUUUUCAUAUAAGAUUUUUUCCCCCAUAGACACUUAUGGGCAUUUUAUUUUUAAAUUGGGAAAACUUGGCUGUGUGUGCAGAGGAUGCUAAUUCUCAGAUUCACACACCUCUUGAUUGUUGAAGUGGGUGAACUUUGUGUCAUCUUCUAUCCAUUUCUGAUUAAACAUACCUGUGUUAAGCUGCAGCUUUGACCAACCAAAACUCCGAUUUUGCAAGCUAAACAACCUCUCUAGGAAAUAUACAAUAUCCUUUAUUUUGUUGAAUGUUGAAUUUAUAUCCUCCUUGGUACAAAGACUCUCGAAGGUUACGUGGUUGUAGACUAGGUUCAGUUUCCAUUGUCCACCACGUGGCGGAGGCCCCAGUCUUGUCUGAGCCACAGAAGCCUCUUGUACUUAAGGUUCAUGAACCAACCAAGAAUUCUCCCUAACGACAGUGCUAGCCUUGGCGGUGCCUCUACCUUACUUGGUGGGGAGCUCAGUCCCUGGGUCAGGCAUCUCUGAGAGUCUGCUUUCCUCCUAUGGCACUGACCAAAUAGUCUGUAAGCACCACCUUUUACUACAGAAGACGCUCUGGGUCUGCGUGCUGCGGGAUAUCUAUGGGGAUGGAAACAGAUGGAUUUUUUUUCCUCAUGUAAGUGCCUGUUCAGAAAUUUAAAAAAAAUUUUAAAAUGCCAAAUAUUUUCAUGGUCACUUGCAUGUAAUAUCUAGAAACUGUUUGAGAAGAUUUUGAAAACUGAUUAUAUUUAACCAGCCUUCAAUUGUGCAACCAUGUAAAAUAAAGAAUUUGAAAAUGAUACUGAGCUGCUAUUUGAAUGAUUAAAAAUAGCUGUAUUCUCAAGAA